AUGGCCGCAACACCGCCUCAGCAGGAAGAGGAUGACGAAGAUUUCUCUUUUUGUUCAACGCCCACUUUGCAAGCCAUAAGCGACCCGUAUCGCGAAUGCUACCCAUGCCUAGCUCCCCAGCAGGAGGAACAUCCAAUUUCCAGCCGCCGUAGUGGAUGCCUAGCUGAGGCUUUUCAUUCAGGUACUACCGCCGUGCACAACGCAAAUGGAGCGGCUGAAGCUGGCUGCAUUGGUAGGCCCCCCUACAGCAUGCCUGCUAGGAUGGAUUCAAGCAGUAACUCCGACAGCUUGACGGAUCUGUCUGGGUUUUCUGCUCCUGUAUUGGCUCCACCGCUCCCCUCCCAGGCGACAGCAAACACUUUUCGUGGAAGGCGCAUCACACGCAUCUCUGCAGACACAGCAGCAGCACUAAGUAGCCAACAAGUUGUCAUUGACCUCAGGAGUAUUUGCAAGGAGCUCGUCGAGAAUUCCUUAGAUGCAGGCGCAACCGCAAUAGAGGUUCGACUGAUGGACUGUGGCCUUGGGGGUGUGGAGGUUCGUGACAAUGGGUGUGGCAUUUCCCCGGAAGACCUUGACUUGCUAGGCUGCCGCCACGCGACUUCAAAGAUAACGACAUUUGAUGAUGUCUACGGCAAGCUGGAUUCCCUGGGAUUCAGAGGAGAGGCACUUUCUUCUCUCUGUUACGUCGCCCGAGUGUCCCUUGUCACGCGUUGCCGCACAGCUGAUUUUGGGACCCGACUCAUUUUUGACAACAAGGGAAAGCAACUGGCUCGCGACGCCACGGCGCGAGAGGUAGGCACCACAGUUGUUGUGGAGGACAUUUUCGGACGUAUGCCACUGAGGCGGAGGACUAUGGAGCAAACAAAGCAGCGCCAGCUCCAGGAUGCUCUGGCGUUGAUGCAGAGGAUUGCUCUUUUGCACGCGACCGUCUGCAGGAUUGUCCUCUCGAACUUCGACCCCAAGACGGGCGGGCGCACUACCUUUCUAGCUACAAAGGGCACUAGCUCCAGCUUAUUAGAGGCGGCUUUGAGCGUUUAUGGACCGAAGCAGUUGGCCGCCUGCACCGAGCUGACGCUUUCAGGGAAUGACCCAGGACGAGAAUGGAGGUUGGAAGCAGUCAUCUCUCGGCCUCCGCAUGGCAUCCGCUCGGCUGCCCUCCAGCACUUCUUCGUGAAAAGGAGAGCAGUGGAGUUUCCCCCGUUACUCCAAAAACUCCUCAACAAAAAAUGGAAAGAAGUCAGCAGUCGCGGCCUCUUUCCCGUUUGCCUAGGGUUCCUUGAGCUUGAUGCAUCGCUCCUCGAUAUUAACAUGAGGAAGGACAAGCAACAAGUGCUCAUCGCGGUUGAGAAAGAGAUUGCUCAGGCCCUACUGGAAGCCAUUAGCAAGAUCCUCGCGCCCUCAGUGGGAUCCCUUGAACAUGAUGCAUUUAAGAAGCAACGUCAGCUGAGCAUUGAGCACAGCACGCUCUCUUCCCCACCGGCGGGCUUCGAAACCCAGCAGGUUCUGCAGCACCCUGAAGGUCAGGAACAGCAAAGUCAUCAACAAAGUCAUCAAGCAGCAGCGUAUGAGCCCAGUAGACACGAGCGGUUACCAAUGGUUGGUGCUACAAACGAGGCCUUCAACGCCUACGACUGUGGAAUUCAGCUGAGGGACAAGCGUGCUCAGCUGGUACUUGCAGGCGCAGAUUGUCGGGUUCCACAUGCAGGCACUGAUAUGGAGGCCAGUAAAGUUACAAGCAAUCUGCCCUUGGAGCCUACGCCAACCCUGCGAGGCAUGGAAUUAUUUACAUCGCCGACCGACACGGGGGAAAAUGAGGAGAUUGUCACCAGGCCCAGGGGGACUGUGCCUAAAGGCGAUUUUGCGGGCAACGUAGGAUCAGUAACUUGUGGCGAUCUCCCGCUUGGUGAUGCUUUGCAGCACCAGAGGCCGCUUCUCUCCCGCCGUCAACAUAGAGCGACUUCGGCCGCUGGAGACUUACGCGCACCUCCUGGUUUUCCGGAGAAGCCCGAGCAGCAUAAGUCUGACCAGCGUGAGCUUCCUGAGGCCCAUCUAACGCCUAAUAGUGGACAAAUUUUUUCACCACAGCACUGCAAUGAGGAUGUCCCCAAAUCUAGGACAAAUUCAGCAGAUUCCCUCUCGGUUUCUUUGUACACUGAAGUGUCUGCUGAUCUGAGCAGGACACCGCCUCCGGACACGGAGGAAGAGACCGAUAUGCUCGUAGAGGAAAUACUCGAAGCUGCUGUGGGGGAGUGCCAUUUAGACCUGGAGGAAACGUGUAGCGUACGAAUACAUGGAUUCCCAGCUCCAUAUCGCACUUGUAUAGACCAUAGUAUAUCAUAUCGAGACAAAGAGACUGCCUCCACUGUUGGGUCACAACUGUGGCUCGACGCCCCGGCGAAUUUCUCCCUCGAUAACCUUGGCUUGAGGGCUGCGGACAAAAGGACGGAUUCUGAUUUCUUUUUAUUUGAAAAGGAUUUCUUCAGUGACUUGAUGCUGGUCGGGCAGUUCAAUGAGGGGUUCAUCAUUGCUGCUCUUCGCAGGAAUAGGCGUCGCUGCUUAGUUCCACAAAUCACUCAGGCUAGGGAAUACAGCAACAGCACCUGCAACGGCAAGUACGCCGAGAACUAUGGAAGCAGCAGCAGCAGCAGAGAAGUAAUCAGAAAAAGUUGUGAGGAGAUUGAAGAAGUGGUGACGAGCCUUUUCAUUGUCGAUCAGCACGCAAGCGACGAGAAAAGAAUUUUCGAGGCGUUAAACGCGGAUUUUCAUCCGCGCAUGCAACCCCUUAUUGCACCGCUAAAGCUGUCUUUACCAGCUGAUCUGUUAGCAGCCGUAGAUGCGUAUACCCCCCAUCUCAGCAGUAACGGGUUUGCGUGUGUUAUCUCCGGACCCAUUUGCACCCACCAGCCCUUUACGCAAUCUUUUGUUGGCGUAACCUCGUCUCAGUCGUCCUCCAUAGCAAGCACUUCAAGCGCCUCAUUGAAAUCGGCAUCACAAUCUCUUUCCUGUUCUCAACAACCGCAGCAACAAAAACAGGAACCGAGCCAGCUGAUCCCUGCAGGAGCCCGCGUCACAGAACGACAGACUUCGGGAGGGUUGGUUUCGGGAGGACAUGAUGCCGAUCAAGAAGAGCGUUAUUGCUUUUUAACGUGCGUUCCUGUUAUCGAGGGCAAGCAGCUAGGCGCCUCAGAUUUCAUAGAAUUUCUUUCGGCUCUUGCCAGCGAAGACCAAGGUAAGGCUAUAUGGAAAGGCACAAUGCCUCAACCUAGUGCUCCACUCGGUGCACACAAGGGUGAACCACCUCAGUCGAACUGUCCUCAUCACCGCGUCUUACAAUAUAGACCGUCUCGGGUAUGGGAUAUCCUUGCUAGUAAGGCCUGUCGCAGCGCUGUGAUGAUCGGCGAUCCCCUCCCGCCUCAUAGGCAAUUGGCAAUCCUAAGGCGAAUGGCUGACCUGCAGUUACCGUUCAACUGCCCACACGGUAGACCCACAAUGCGCCAUUUGGUCGACCUUGGGGCAAGCGCAGGUCAAGCAAACGAGCGCUUGAGUAACGGCUCUUCACGGGCAGGCAUUCAAGUCGUUCAACCAAACGGCGUUCCCUUGGAUCCACCAAGUUGCUUAAGGGGUUCCAAAAAUGCUACAUUUGCUCCUAGUGAUGACAGUGGCAACUGCCAGGAAGGAUCAACUGGCGCAGCCCGUCAAAAACGGAGGCCUUCAUCAGAUUGGAAAGGCAUGGACAGCCGACCUACAAAGAUCCCUACUUGCGUGGCGCCUCGUGGUGGUAUAGUGACUGGCAGAAACGAGCAAAGAGGCGACUUCUGCGGGCAGCCUCUUGGACGGUGCUCCGCGCUCGCCCCUCCAACCGACGAAGGCAUGCCAUCGCCCUCUGCCGAGGAUGAAGUGGAGUUCGAAGAUUCCAAAGGGCUUGAAAUUGCAACUAGAAGGGCAAAAGCGCCACUGAUACGGGAAUCAUUGGGAGGGCUGCCCAUGGAUGAGGCACCAGUAGACGAGGCACAGGGCGGCUUGGCUGGCCUACGCUUGACUUUCAUUGAGUAA